AUGUGCUGCAAAACCUCCACGUGUGGUAGCUGCUGUGGCUAUGGCUCUGGCUACGGCAGUGGUUUUGGCUCCAGAUAUGGCUGUGGCUACGGUUCUGGCUAUGGCUGUGGCUAUGGGUCUGGCUACGGUUCUGGCUAUGGCUGUGGCUAUGGCUCCAGAUAUGGCUGUGGCUACGGUUCUGGCUAUGGCUGUGGCUACGGCUCUGGCUAUGGCUCUGGCUAUGGCUGUGGCUAUGGUUCCAGAUAUGGCUGUGGCUAUGGCUCCGGCUAUGGCUGUGGCUAUGGAUCCAGCUAUGGCUGUGGCUACGGCUCUGGCUAUGGAUCCAGAUAUGGCUGCGGUUACGGCUCUGGCUAUGGCUGUGGCUAUGGCUCCGGCUAUGGCUGUGGCUAUGGCUCCGGAUAUGGCUCUUCCUGCUACCGAAGAUGCUACUCUUGCUGUUAG